CUAAAAACUCACUUUCAAACCAUCGAUUGACUUGAACUCAAUUUACUUAUUGUGACAAAAUGAAUCGUUUUACUUCCAUUAUUUUGAUCCUGGGGGUAGCUAUCAGCCACACCCACGGGGCUGCAUUUCUAGGCAACGUUCUCCAACGACCGUCCAAGCUCAAUUCAGCUUCCUCACUACUCGACACUUUGGACUUGGACUCCCUCGACCUCGAGUCUCUAGGCUCUUACGACAACCUGCAAAAAAAUUUAGGAUAUGUCCAAGACACGGUCAAUAAACCCUACGACGUAGACGAGGCCUUCGUGAACCCUGGAGUUCUCUACAGCUCCGUCCCAGUCGCGACCUACAACACGAAAACUCUUAAGAAACACAAGCUUCCAAACAUCCUCGACUCGUACAACCAACUUCACGACUUGGCCAACAAAAAGCUGGCAUCCGCCAAUUUGAAGGAUAUUUACUCCUCGACUACGGACACGUUGGGACAAGCUCAUGGAGCUCUGGGUGGCCUUCCACUGGCCUCCGACCUCGUGGGGAACCUUCCUCUCGACCUAAACAACGACAACGAAGGGUACGGCAACCAGGACUACAAACCUGUAAACCAGAUCUACAAACUUCCAGGUGGACAGCAACUCUCCUGCGUCGUGGACUAAGAAAAACAGAAUGCAAUCGACUAACAUCAUGAGCGUCUUGAUUAUUUCUUAUUCUACUUAUUUUCUCUUUUCAUACUCUUGUCUCACUUUUUUCAUCAUCUUGUAAAAAAAACCUUAUGCCAACUCAAAUCUAUUUCUUUAUCUCACUCUAUACCAAUGCAUUUUCUGAAAAUAAAAAAGCUCUUAAUCCUCCA